AUGGCAACCGAAAAUUUUUUCAUCACUCUCAAACCUUUUCUUGAUGGCUCAAAUUACAAAGUUUGGAAAUAUAUGAUGGAAAAUUAUCUUGAUAUGCAAGGGGUUGAUCUAUGGAGUGUAUUUCUAAGGGGAUGGACACCUCCAUGUGACAAAAAUGGAGCUCUUUUGAAGAGACAAGAUUGGUCUAUAGAGCAAGUCAAGGAGAAUGGCAUGAAUAGAAAAGCCAUUACUACUCUCCUCUCCUCAAUCUCUAGAGAAGAACAAGGUAGAAUUCAACACUUGAAUUGUGCCAAGCAAAUGUGGGAGACUCUUGAGAGCUACUAUGAAGGUACACAACAAGUCAAGGGUAAGAAGCUUGAGUUGCUUCUUGGUGAGUAUGAAGGCUUCAAGGGCUUGCCAAAUGAAGAUGUGGUGAUGAUGACAUCAAGGCUUCUUAAGAUUGUUCAUAGUCUUGAGCAACUUGGGAAAUUCUUCAAGCUAAAUGAAAUCAAUGGUAAAAUCCUAAGAUCCCUUCCUAUUCUUCUAUGGCAACCUAAGACUACCGCCAUCAUUGAAACUCAUGAUUUAUCCACCUUGAGGACGGAUGAGUUGAUUGGGAAGCUUCUUCUUUAUGAGAUGUCCUACAUCAAACUCAUUCAAGCCGAAAUGGCAAAGGAGAAAGGCAUUGCUUUCAAGGCUUCAACAAGUGCCAUUGUAGAAGAUAACAAGGAGGAAAGCAAUGAGGAAGAAAUCUUGAGGCUCACAAAGAGAGUAAAUGAGCUCAAGAUGAAGGAAAAUGGCAAUUAUGGUAGACCCUCCUCUUCAAGGAAGAGUUCAAAAGGAGGCCCCAAGACUUUUUGGGAUGGCGAUUCUCAAUGCGAUGGAGAUAGCCACCAUGAUGCCAACUUGUGCCUCAUGUCUUUUGAGGAGGAACCAACACUAGAGGUAAACCCCCAAUCUUUUCUAUCUUGGGAUUGGGAUGGUAUUGGUGUUGAAUCAUAUGAUGCAUGCUUAAAUGUUAAAAAUGAUGUUGUUGAUAAUGUUAUUGAUGAUAUUGUUGAUGAUGAUGCUCAUGAUGAUGAUGAUGAUAUGUAUAGCAUGCUUGAUGAACUAGUAAUUAAAUGUGGUGAUUAUAAAGCCAAGAUGCUAUUUUUUAAAAAUGAGGCUUCUAAAGCCAAAGAUGAAAUGAUUGUUUUAACAAAAGAAUUUCAUGAGCUUAAAUUGUCUAACGAAGCUCUCAAGUCAUCUUUAGAAUCUAUCCCUAAGCAAGGUUUGAAUAUUGAUAACUUGCUUAAGGAAAAUGAUCAACUAAAGAAUGAAAUUCUUGAAUUAAAAGAUUCACUUUCAAGAUUUCAAAAAGGGAAGGUAACUUUGGAUUCAAUUCUUGUAUCUCAAAGAUGCCCAACCAUAAAAUUUGGACUUGGCUACAAUCAAAAUGCUUCUAGUUCCAAUGGGACUAAAUUUGUGAAGUCCACUUUGCCUCAAACUUCUUCUAUAGAAGUACCUCCUAAUUUGGUCAAACCAAUUGAGGCAAAGAAGGUGCAUGCUCAAGCUCCUAGGCCUAAUCCAUUCUUGACUCAAAAGGCUAAGAGCAACAAGGGUACAAAACCCUUGAGACAUGGUUAUGCUUCUCAAUAUAGCCAUAAAUGGAACAAGAAGACUAGAAAGAACUCAUAUGUUCAUGCAUCCUCUCAUGUUCAAACUUGUUCCCAUGCUUGUGCUUGUUCUUAUGAGACCUUUAGAGCCAAGCCACCUCAAAUGCAAUCAAAUGUGAACCAUAGUACUCAAUGUUUUUAUUGCAUGAAAUAUGGUCACACUAAUACUAAUUGCUAUGUGAGAAAAGUUCAAUUAAGGUUAAUUCCUUUGAACUAUUCUAGCAUUAACUUUCAAGGACCCAAAGUUGUUUGGGUACCUAAGUGA